AUGGAAGGAUUUCUUUUAAACGAAGAACUUGACACAGUUAGGAUUGCUACUGCCUUAUACAAGAGGGUUUUGACAAAUGAGUGGACUGCUGAUAGAGAUAUAGAGGUAAUAUCGGCGUUCGAAGAUAUAAGAACUUUACUGAAAAUGCAGAGCUCGAUAUAUUUUUUGAUAUCACUAACAAUAUCAUAUGGUGAAGAUAGAACGUCUUGGGUUAGUGGAGCAGAAGAAAAUGUCAAGAUGGUCAUUCGUAAUGUACAAUCGGCAAUGAAAAAAUGUUCUGGACUACAAUACAAGAUGUGGGAAAAAGUGAAAAAUGAAUUAGGAAAAUUGGAUUUGAGUAAAUUAGGGUAUGAUUACCCAGUAUGUUCUGGAAUUUUGGACUGCGAAUCCGAACCUAUAUCCACGUUAUUGCCGGAGCUUCGUACUGUGUUACAGAAAGGAGCUGAUGAUUUUUUGAUAGAAAAAAACAAAAAGAUAAGUGAUCUUUGUGAAAAAUUUACUCUUGAGGAGGAGAAACGUAUUCUGGCGGAAGAAACAGCAUUACCGCCCCGUAUAGUAUCUUCUGGAAAAUGGCUAGAUCCAUCGGAAAAGUUAGAAGCAAUUACUAUACAGAUUUUUGAAGUAUUUCAUGAGUGGGAUACCUAUAAAAUGCGAAGCUUGGGUGCAUGGGAUAAACGAAGCUUGGUUAGUGCAUCUCGAGCGGGCGAUUGGAGAAGUGCAAAGAAAUCAGAUUAUAUGUUUACAGUAGAAAUAAGUGACGUAGAGGUUGAAUUAUUAUAUUGUGAAACUGGUCGUCCGAAAUCUUCACACGUGAAACAGCUAGAGGAUCAUAGAAAAUUGGCAGGACUCUCUAAGGAUUCGAUUGAAAAAACCAGAUCAGAACUUAAAGCAUCACUAAAAAAGUCGACAUUGAGUGAACAUUUGUCUAUAUUUACGGUUAAUGUUGCGAGCGACAUAAUAAAAAUCUAUGUGAUGAGAAAAGAACACGGGAUUCUUGUUUAUCGUUUACUCACAACGGCGAAGAUCCCAUUGGGAAUUGCAUCCCCCGAUGAAGUCUAUACGCUCAUCCAUGCAUUAUUAACAUUACGAACUGCCGUUGUCUUUACAUUACAUAAUCUUUUAGUACGUCUUGAUGAGUCUAGCGGUGGACAAUCCUCUGACGAGACUACAUCGACUAUUGAAAAAUCUAGAAGAAAAGGAAAUAAAUAG